CAGCAUAAAAGCAUUGCAAUGGACCUGAAGACUGGCUCAUUGCUGGUGGCGCCGGCUGUGAAGAACUCGAGCUGCUCGCAUCCGCGUUACUCCGGCCAUAACUUCAUCGUGCACAUUGGCAUCGCCGAGACGAUUGAGGCCGUGUUGAUAUUGGUGCUAACUUUGGGCGUGAUCGGGGCCAAUUGCCUGGUCAUCUUUGUCAUUAACAAUCGGCGCUAUGCUGCCUACAUACAUCAACAGCCACGUUAUCUGCUCACCUCGCUGGCCCUGAAUGACCUGACAAUUGGGCUGCUAAUCACGCCGUUUGGUCUGAUGCCCGCAUUGUUCCAUUGUUGGCCAUACGGCGAGAUCUUCUGCCAGAUACAGGCCCUGCUGCGUGGCGCCUUAUCGCAGCAAAGCGCCGUUAUACUCGUCUGCAUGGCCGUGGACAGAUACAUGUGUGCGCUGCAUCCGCGCCGUUAUUAUCAGCACUCCAGCAAGAAGGGCUGUGUUGCCAUAUUGAGCUUAACAUGGAUUAUCAGCCUGACGGUGUUUGGAUUUCUGGUGCUGCCUAAAGGCUACUAUUUCAACAACACGGGGCUGAUGGCGUGUGAGCCGUUCUACAGCAAGCCCUCGUACCGCAUUCUGUCCACAUGUGCAUUGUACUUUCCCACCACGAUGGUGUUGAUGUACUGUUACGGCUCCAGCUUCCAUAUGAGUCGCUUUCGCCUAAACGACCCAACAAUGCCGCUCACAGCAGCCGCACAUCAUCCACAUCCGCACCAUCCGCCUCAGCAGCAACUGCAGCAGCAUCAGCACCAACAUCAGCAUCAGCAUCAACAUCAGCAUCAGCAUCAGCACCAGCAUCCACAUCAGCACCAGCAUCAGCAACACCAGCAGCACCAUGGACACUCGCAUCAUCCACAUCAUCAUCGAGCACCGGUUAUGAACCAUUUAAGCAUGGCCAUGAGCAUGGGCCUGGUCGGAAUGCCAAGCAUGACAAACAAGAUUACCAAAAAGAUUGUGCCCAUACAGGAGAAGAACUCGAGCGGCAACACGUCCCGUUCGAUGGCGGCAAUUUCGCUGGGCUUCAUUGUUAUGGUCACGCCGUGGACAAUACAGGAGAUAGUCACCGCCUGCACUGGCUCCAAGCUGCCACCGUUCCUGGACUUCGUCGUUACCUGGACAUCUCUGAGCAACAGCCUGUGGAAUCCCUUCAUGUACUGGCUGCUAAAUUCAGAUUUUCGUCGCCUCAGCCGACAACUGAUGCCCAACAAAUGUUUCCCUAAAGAGGAUACGCCCGAACACAAAUCAGCCUGUUGUCACAUCAAUGCUAACGACUUUGAAAUCACAACGCUACCGAUGCCGCCAGAGCCACCCGCUUCACGGCCACCGGCCAACAAUGGCGGUGCCAGUGGUGCUGGUGGUGGUGGCGGUGCUGGCUCUGGCGCCGGCGGUGGUGGCAUUGGCAGCGCCAUUGGCGGCUCUGUUCUGGGCAUUUGCGCACGCUCCAGAGCGAACAGCUUGAGUCGCAGCGCCUCGCAGUACAUCAGAGGCACUUUGGGCGGCGGCCAUGCCCAUCAGCUGGCCAGUGAUGGCUAUGCCACAGUGCGCCCCGACAUUGAGGGUCUCUCGGAAAAGUAUUGGGGCGAGAUCUUGGAACGCACCGUCAGCUCGGGCAAUUUGCAUGCCAUGCAAAAGAGUUUCCCGCACUUUCCCUACCAUCAGCACAGCGGCGUGGGUGUCCAUGGGCAUGUGCAUCAGGUGCAUCAGCCGCAGCAGCAUCAGACCACCUCGUUCACCAAGCACAGCGAUCUGCACUUGAAUAUGUCAACUAAUGCCGCACAGGAAACUACCGCCGCCGAGCUGAGCAAGUUCUCCACAUCCGAGCCGAAGCUCUGCGAGCAUCUAUUCCACGAUGCCAAUUGCGCCAAGAGCAAACUGCUCGGCGCCGCACCAGAUGCCGCCCCAGCUGCCGCGUCCGUCUCCACUGUGGCCGCCAAGCUGGCUGCCGGGCGUAGCAUUCCGGACAUUUAGUACGCAGAGGACGUCAUACUCGCCAACAGCCAACUGGCGCGGCAGGCCAAGUGCGCACACCACCCACUGCACCAGCAGGCCCAAUCCCGUGCCCUGCUCCACGCUCCACACGCUGCCCAUCACACGGGCAGCCUGCGCCUGAGCCGCGUCCGCGUCGCC